AUGGCGCCCAACGCGAAAAAAAUCGAGUACGAGUUUGGAGGACCACUCGGCGCGGCCGCCAUUGUCUUUGGCCUGCCGGUGCUUGUGUAUGCCUUCUUCUUUGCCUGCAAUGACGUGUCCGGCUGCCCUGCGCCCGGCUUGUUCAGUCCCCGCACUCUCACCUGGGACGCGCUCAAGGCGGAGAUUCCCUGGCCGGCGGACGGGCUCGCCGGAUUCAUCACCCUGGAAGCGGCGGGCUGGACCUUGGCCUACUAUCUCCUGAGCUUGGUGCUCUUCCGGGUGCUGCCUGCGCACAAGGUGAUGGGCACGAAGCUGCGCGAGUCUGGCCGUCCAUUGGAUUACAGCUUCAAUGCGUUCUCCGCGACCCUGAUUCAGGUCGCCGCGUUGGCGCUUGGUACUUAUGUAUAUGGUGCCGACUUUGUUGUCUGGCGAUGGAUUGACAACAACUAUCUGCAAUUUCUCACUGCUAAUACCAUCUUGGCGUGGGCUAUUUCGAUUUACGUCUACGCCGCCAGCUUCACGGUCAAGCCGGGCAACAGCCAGCUGCGGGAGCUGGCCAAGGGUGGCCACACCGGAAGCCUCAUCUACGACUUUUACAUUGGCCGCGAGUUGAACCCCCGUAUCACGCUGCCCAUCUUUGGCGAGAUCGACAUCAAGACUUGGCUUGAGAUGCGUCCCGGCCUGACCGGAUGGCUGCUCCUUGACCUUGCCUACAUGGCCAAGCAAUACCGCAACUACGGCUAUAUUACCGACAGCAUGAUUUUUGUGACGGCCAUCCAGGGCUACUACGUACUCGAGGGCCAGUAUGCCGAAGCUGGUAUCCUCAGCAUGAUGGACAUUACCACUGACGGAUUGGGCUUCAUGCUUACCUUUGGCGACAUUGUCUGGGUGCCGUUCAUCUACUCGACACAGUGCCGCUACCUGGCCGUGUAUCCAACCCACCUCGGCUGGCCUGGCCUGGCCGCGCUCACCGGCACGUUUGCCAUUGGUCUCUACAUCUUCCGCGCGUCCAACAACCAAAAGGCCGUCUUCCGGAAGACGCCCGAGCAUCCGAGCGUGGCUGGCCUGUCCUAUCUGCAGACGAAGCGUGGCACCCGUCUGUUGACGUCUGGCUGGUGGGGCGUCUCGCGGCACAUUAACUACUUCGGAGACUGGAUGCAGUCUCUGCCGUUUAGCUUGGCGGCAGGUCUGGCUGGGUACGUCAUCUUGCCCUCGGGAGCCAGGGCGGCCGCGGAUGUGCUGGGCUAUAGGAUGGCUGAUGGCACAGAGGUCGUGCAGGGUGUUGCGCAAGGAUGGGGUCUCAUUUUCACUGCCUUCCACGCUCUGUACUUUGGUGUUCUCUUGAUCCAUCGAGAGGGCCGAGAUGAUGCUGCUUGUGCCGAGAAGUACGGAGCGGAUUGGGAAAAGUACAAGUCGGUGGUGCGGUGGAAGAUUCUCCCCGGCAAGGCCUUUCAAGCAACCGAAGGCGAAGCCAUUCAUGUACAACAGUAG